AUGCCCGCCCAGAAACACUGCCCCCAGUGCGACCCCUCGAAGAACAAACUCCACAGACCACGAGCCCCAAGGCAGCGUGGUAGUCUCGACGGCACAAUGGCUCCAAGCACGGCGCGCCUCACAAUCUUCGUCUUCGGGCUCUCCUCCUUCGCGGCAGGAGUGCACUCCCUCUUCCGUCCCCACGACUCCCUCAAGGCGCUAGACCUCCCCGUUGCCGCUCUCCCCGCAGCCAACGGCAACGCUCUGGCCGCCAUUGCGAUGGGCAUCUACUACACCCUAGCAGCCGCCCAAGACAACCGCGCCUUCUUUCUCGCCACCAUACCAAUGCGCCUGACGUCCGCCUUCGUGUUCUGGCGGCAGGACUGGGGUAUCGUUUCCGGUUGGGAGGGUGGGAGCGCGGCCUUGACGCUGCUGGCCUUGGCUUGGGAUGCUCGGCAGCGACCCAAGACUCACGAGACUUAA